UCGUGCCCCUCUAUACGGAGCAUCGCUAUCUCCAUGAUCAGCACAUUGUUUUCAUGGGUGUAUCGACAAGAAAAAUCGCCAGCCUCUUGCUCAAGGCUAAUUCUCUUUUAUUGGAUAUCCAGUGAGGUAUAAAUGGAUUGGCAGGAAGCAAUAGGCAAGGAAUGGCCGGCAGGGUCUGGAAUCACCCAGCGUGUCACCAAUUCAUUGGACGGCCCGGCGGAGUGACUGGACGUGUAGCCGCUUUCCUCACCCGUUUCAGGUCGGCUGGCCUCUGACGCAUGACUGCUCUGGGGAAGGCGAGCUGUGUGACUGCCCAACCAGGCACUCGAUUUUGAGCCCAGAGCUGCAAUAGAACCUCAACGUGGAGGUGAUGGACGCUGUUUUUGGUCUCUUGGAGCCUAACAAGCCGUCCUACUCGGCCAGGAUCGGAAGUUUUUUUUGUUCAUCUGCGUCACAGACGCUCAACAGUUUGAUGACGACCCCUCCACUGCUUCAUCUGAUCCCGAAUGCGUGGAAAGCCCCACCGGUGAUUUUCUCUAUAUAUCGGACCACCUGCGGAGACAUUUCCUCAGGGCCUCUUGCUCUGUGUCCUCGAUUAGCAGCUCCGAGUUACCUGAAGUCUCCAAGAGCUUAUUUUAAACGUGUGCCCUUCCACGCGUCAUUGUUGUACAAGCACACGCUGCCUCGAAGCACGUCCCCCACCACCACCUUACCCGCAGGCGUGCUAUCAUACUUGCAAAUCCGGCAAAGUGUCGAUUAUCAAGACAGUUAGCUUAGACAAUAAAGAGACGAGUUGCAACAAUCCAGAGUUCUUUUCUAUCCGCAGACUUCCUGACUCUAAUCCACACCAUCUCAGUGGCAUCCCUGACUGUUGAGUACGCAACAGUCAAGAUACCAUACACACCACACGGCCAGGAUUAAUCUUGUGUUAAAUCUGCCACUCAAACUUCAAAACAAUCAUCAUCUCCAACAAUGGCGGCAGUAUACCAAGACAUCUACUCUGAAGACGAGCUCUCCAUGCUCCUAGCUCGUCAGUUGAACUUCAACAAUCCCUUACCAGCACAACCGAAGCAAGUUCCAGAACCCGUGGCCGUCGCAGCGCCACAACCAGUCCAGGCUCCGAAGAUAGUCUACAUCUCCCAGCACUACAACCACUCGGCAGCCCACCUGGCCAAACAAAAGGAGCAACAGCAACAACAACAAGAAACCCCAGCCCGACCCUCCUCGGAGCCCCCCCAAAGCGAACACGCGGCCAUCGAGCGUGUCCUCCGUGAAUACUCGGUCGAUUCAACCAACCUCUCCCCCGCCCAGUUCCACCUCUUCAAAACCGUCGACGACCCCCAGCGCAUGCACUUGAUCGAACUCUGGCGCGCCUGCCCCCCACCCCCCCAACACCCCUCCGAUGUAGACUACAACUCCACCACCUCCCUAGACCAGGAAGAAGCACUCGCUCGAAUGCGCUGGGAGCAGGCCCAGCAAGACGAAAUGGAAGCCGAACUCCAGGCUCAGCUCGAGCACGAGUACCAGAUCCAAAUGGAGGAGCAACGGCAGCAACAACAAAGGCAGCGACAGCAGGAAAUGAUCAUCUCGCUGGAUGGGACCCCCUUGACGCCAGUUCAGGUGGGAGAUGGUAGGUGGAUCCAGACGACGGCAGAGUAUGGGGAUAUGGAACCUUACAUGGCGACUGGGUAUCAAGAGGAGCUGGCGAGACGUGAGUAUGAAGAAUCUGCUAGGCGGGCGCUACUUUUGGCUGAGCCAUAUGAAAAGGACAUGAUGAGCGGGCCGUACAGCCAGUUUGGGCCUGCGCUCGUCCAACCAGGGGAUGUCAUCGGUACUGGGACGGGUGGUAGUAGCGAGGCUAAGAGGGCGACGGACCCGGUGUACAAGUCCGUCGGGGUGGACUGGGCGACAAUUCGGAGGAGGGAGGAGGAGUACCAGAUGAGCAUGUCGGAGCAGUAUGGGAGGUUGAUGCUGGCUAGGGGGGUGGAGGAUGAGGAGGAUGAGGAGAUGUUGUGA